CGGAAAAAGCAUAAGUACAACUGGGCUUAAAUGCAUGUCGUAUAAUUCCUUGCAAGUUUAUUAUUUAGUUUCCUAUGUCGGUAAACGUACACACAUGAACUUAAAUGUAUCUUGUUCAAUGGAAUUGGAACAUUUUUAGUAUGUGCAUAUAUUUAUACAAAGUGAUUACAUAAAAAUACUUUUUGUUCUUUACGAAUAUUUGGUCUACAUAUUCCCUUCAUUAUAUUUAUUAAUGAAUGUAUAUUACUACAAUCGCGUACAUAGAGAGAAAGAUUAUACGAUUGUAUAAAUGCGUGUGUGUAUGGAUGUAUAACAAGAUUAAUUAAAUCAAAACGAGAUUAAAGAAAUAAUUUAUUUACGAAACUAAAAAAGCCGAAAAAGAAAAAACCUCUAAAAAAAUAUUAAUCCACGAGGAAAAACUACGAUAUAUAAUAUUUGGUGAAGUGUAAUGUUAACAAAACACAAAAACCUCGAAAAUAAAUUUGCCUAUAAAAAAGUUGCAGUUAAAAAGAGAAUUAUCGUCCAUCCGAAUACCAUGUUUAGAAAUUUUAUACUUUCCACCAUAGCCUGGGCAAUGAACAUAAGAGCAAAUCAAAUAACGUUCGUCAGUGUACCACAGAAAUUUGUAAGAAUACAUAUGCUUCAAAGAGCCAUCUAAAUAGAUACAUGCAACAUUUAACAAAGGACUUGAUAAUAUUAACUUCGCUGUCCGGAAUUAAAAAAUUCGACCUUAUAUCAGGCAUUUUUAAGCAUAUUUAAGGCGGGUGGAAAAUUAGAAAAGCCAUGAAGCUUUUGGAAAGCUCCCGAUUUGAGGCCAUAAAUAAUGCCCUUUCAAUUCAAACUGGAGGAGGAAUUACGAUUUUUGGGCGUAUUGAAAGUUAUUCAUGCAAAAUGGUUGCAGCAGAUAAAGCCCUUUAUAAACGAUUUACAUCGGAGACACGCGGAAUCGGUCCUCACGACUUACAAGCCUUAUCUCCUCCUCAAACACUGGCAGAUUUUUCGCCGAAUUUCCAUCGAAAUCAGAGCAACAGCCAGUCUGGUGAUGAAGGAGUAAUUCUUUGCGACACGAUAUCUCGCAAAACGCUGUUUUAUUUAAUUGCGACCUUGAAUGCAUCAUUUGAACCGGAUUAUGAUUUUUCCGAUGCAAAGUCGCAUGAGUUUAGCAAGGAACCAUCUUUACCCUGGGUAAUGAACUCUGUACAUUCAAAUUUAUCGGCUUUGGCUGGGGAUCAAUAUCAAGUUCUGCGGCAACCUUUGUGGACCGCUGUGGACGACGAAAUAAUUUUAUCGGAAUGCGACAUUUAUAGCUAUAAUCCAGAUUUAAGCUCGGAUCCAUUUGGAGAACCCGGUUGCUUGUGGUCCUUUAAUUACUUUUUUUACAACAAAAAGCUUAAGAGAAUUGUAUUUUUCACAAGUCGAGCGGUGAAUUCUCUUUAUGCUGGAGACACUUCUGACUUUACGAUGGAAGAUGAUGUUUACUAGAUGAUGGCCUUCACUUUAGAACACUUUCAAGCCUCGAACAUUAAAUUCGUGCCCCUAAUUGCACAAAAGCAGAUGCAUGUUGCGGAAUUGUUUGUGCUGAAAUGAGAAUAACGUUUAUUUUAUAUACUUUUAAAUAGGCAUCAGCCUUGAUUCAUUCAUUAAAAUAAUUUUGCAUUAUAUCACUUGUCCAUUAUUUAUAUUAAUAAUGUUCCAAUAUAAAUGUAUUUCAUAUAUCGAUUAAGCGUAAUUACAUAUUUAUUCAUAUCUUAUAAAGUUUCAAUUUAACAUAUUA